CUUGCGGGGGAGAACUUGCAUAGUACCCCUCGAUUUAUCCCAACUCUCUUAUCUUGUUAAAUUGCAUCGAAAUUUCCGACUUUUCAGAAACACCGUGGCAAUCCGUGAAAACCUUGCGUCUCAUGUCACACACUACGCUGGGAAAAGGUUCAUAUGGAAAAGUAUGGAAAGCUGAAUGUACGAAAACCGGAAACAUCUUCGCCAUCAAGCAAAUCGAUUUAUACGAAGCAUUCCGAGGAUCUGAAGAAAGUGUGUACAACGUGCUAAAAUUUAGUCGCGAAAUAGCAAAUUUGCAAAAUAUCCGCGACGAUAAUGUUGUCCGCUUGGUAAACUUCUGGGUCGAGGAUAGCGAUGGCAGCGCCUACAGUGACUUGUCAAUGGUGGACAUGUCCGAAACUUCUUCUGGAAGCCCAUACCAUCUUUUUAUGCAAAUGGAGUACUGUCACCUCAGUUUGAAACAAUGGUUGGCAGAUAAUCCGCUAGAAAGCAGAGAUUUUGUCGUAAUUAAGCGAAUGUUUCUGCAAAUUUCGAACGGUCUCAGUGUCCUUCAUAAGGUUAAGAUUGUUCACCGCGACAUAAAACCGGACAACAUUAUGUGCAAUCUGAACGGGAAUAGUUUCAUCAUGUGGAAAAUUGUUGAUCUCGGAUUGUCUGUAAAGUUGGAUAAGAACGAGGAUGAAUAUUGUUCCGCUGCGGGCUGCGAGUUGUACCGAAGCCCGGAAAUGACCCUUAAUCAGGCUGACUGUAACGAAAAGACGGACAUAUUCAGCUUGGGACUUUGCUACUUCGAGAUUUUAUCGUCCCCGAUCACAAAUAAAUUGAGACUUUUUGAUCAAUUGAGAAGAAAUGAGGAGAAUGAUGUGUUCAAUGACUUAGGAAAGGGUCGAGAUACUACCAAAUUUGAAGAAUUAAUCAAGAAAAUGCUCAAAAUUAGUGCUAAAGAUAGGUAUAGUAUUUCUGAUGUUAAAAACAUGUUGGAAAAUAUAUGUUAA